UGGUCUGGGGUUUCCCAGAAUCCUUAGCGCUCUGAGUAUUGCCAGUCAUUGUGCCGGAGUGACUCCGCAGAUAUUCAAUAAUAAACUCUUUAAAACUCUUUAAUACUCUUUAAAGAGUUCGCUGUUCCUCCGUUCAUUAUGAAGGAGUUAUCAGCUAAGAAGAGGUCCGGAGGUCUCAAGGAGAAAGAGAAGCAGGAGCCGCUGGAGGAGGAGAUGCCGGAGGAAGAGGCUCCCGGAGCGGGGAAGAAAGAGGCUAAACCCGGGGAGACCGACAGCCUCACUCUGGAGGACAUUAGGGAGCAUGUGAAGCAGAUAGAGAAGGCAGUGUCGGGGAAGGAGCCUCGGUUCGUCCUCCGGGCACUAAGAGCGCUGCCCUCCACCAGCCGCCGUCUGAACACCAACGUGCUGCACAAAGCCCUGACCGGGUUUUUCACCAACAACAUCAGCACCAGGGACUUCCUGCUGAGCAGCCUGGAGGAGCCCAUGGAGCUGGCUGACGGAGACGUCCAGUUCCGCCCCCGGACGGGGAAAGCAGCGUCUGCUCCGCUGCUGCCGGAGGUGGAGGCUUACCUUCAGCUGCUGCUGGUGGUCCACCUGACCAACAACAAGAGAUACACAGAGGCUCAGAAGGUGUCUGAUGACCUGCUGCAGAAGAUCGGCUCUAAGAACCGCAGGGCUCUGGAUCUGGUCGCCGCUAAGUGUUACUACUACCACGCCCGGGUGUACGAGUUCCUGAAGCAGUUCGACUCCAUGCGCAGCUUUCUGCACACCCGGCUGCGCACGGCGACGCUGCGUCACGACGCUGACGGCCAGGCGGUGCUGCUGAACCUCCUGCUGAGGAACUACCUGCACUUCAACCUGUACGACCAGGCCGAGAAGCUGGUGUCCAAGUCCGUGUUCCCCGAGCUGGCCAACAACAAUGAGUGGGCCCGCUACCUCUACUACACAGGGCGCAUCAAGGCGAUCCAGCUGGAGUACUCUGAGGCCCGCAGGACUCUGACCAACGCUCUGAGGAAAGCCCCCCAACACACCGCCGUGGGCUUCAAGCAGACGGUACACAAGCUGCUGAUCGUGGUGGAGCUGCUUCUGGGGGAGAUCCCUGACCGGCUGCAGUUCAGACAGCCGUCCCUGAAGAGGUCUCUGAUGCCCUACUUCCUGCUGACUCAGGCGGUGAGGAUGGGGAACCUGGCAAAGUUUAACCAGGUGUUGGAGCAGUUCGGGGAGAAGUUCCAGACGGACGGGACGUACACUCUGAUCAUCCGCCUGCGCCACAACGUCAUCAAGACCGGGGUGCGUAUGAUCAGCCUGUCAUACUCGCGUAUCUCUCUGGCGGACAUCGCUCAGAAGCUGCAGCUCGACAGCCCGGAGGACGCAGAGUUCAUCGUCGCCAAGGCAAUCCGUGACGGAGUGAUCGAGGCGAGCAUUAACCACGAAAAAGGCUUCGUCCAAUCAAAAGAGACGAUGGAUAUCUACGGAACCAGAGAGCCUCAGCUGGCAUUCCACCAGAGGAUCUCCUUCUGCCUUGACAUACACAACAUGUCUGUGAAGGCCAUGCGCUUCCCCCCCAAAGCCUACAACAAAGACCUGGAGUCAGCAGAGGAGCGUCGGGAGAGGGAGCAGCAGGAUCUUGAGUUCGCUAAAGAAAUGGCGGAGGACGACGACGACAGCUUCCCAUGAGCCUCCCUGCUGACUUCCUGUGCAGACAGGAAGUAGUUCUUUCUGCUGAUGUUAGCAGAUCAGUUAUUACCCAGAAUGCCCCUCAGCUCUUCUUCUGUGGUGUUGUUUUCCAGUUUCCUGAAUAAAAUCUGUUUGUUUGUUUA